UCGACGUCCACCAUCGAGCUUUAAUUCGUUUCCACUCGAUCCUCUUUCUUUUCCUUUUCUUCGAAUUCGUGUCGUUGUCCGAGUCCGUGGCUCGGGUCGAGUCGAGCGAAAGGUUGUCAUCGAUUUAGAAGAGAAGAGAAAUAACAAACAACCGACCAGGAUGCACUCCCAGAUCAUCGUUUUCGCACAAACACGUCCGCAUCCACGUGCCUUAUCACGUGCAUACGGUCCAUCAUCAUCAUGUGAAGAAGGUGCCGGUGCAUCACGUAGAGAAGGUGCACGUUCCUGUUCCAAUUCCCAUCCAUCACGUGCAAAAGGUGCCAGUUCCAGUGCCAGUCCAUCACGUCGAAAAAGUUCACGUACCUGUUCCGAUUGUCGAGAAGGUCCCUGUACCUGUACCUGUACACGAAGAAAAGGGGUGGUGGUAAUGAGAGCGCUUCGCUCUUCGGCUUGUUAUUAUUUAGGUAAUUAGAAGAAAAAUCUCUUCCUUACGUUAGUGAGAUUCAAAUGCUCGUGAUUUUGAUUAGAAUGUGAUUACCAAUCGAUGAAUAUUUAAAUAUUUUUUUAUAAGGGGCAAAAAAAAAGAACAGCGUUGGGAACCA